UUUCUGAAAAAGGCCAAUUUGAGCAGCAGAAGGAGCUUGCCUUGGAAGACGAGUGUGACGCAACAGACUAUCGUUGCAAUCCAACAACAAGAUUAUUUGGCAAGGCUUGCAACCCAAGGAAGAGGUACACAUUACGGCCACAUUACCUUUCAGCAUGGAAAGAGUCGUCCUCAGCUUAUCAUCCGGUCAUUUGACUAUAUGUCCCAUGACUAAUCUCGUUGAUGGAAACAUUCCCGAACCCAAAGAUUCUACUUCGGCAUUCUCUGGAAAGGUGACACUCUUACAAACCGUAGUCAAUCCACGCACCAAUUCUCGGCACAUCAUCGGAGGCACGGAAGAAGGUGACAUUAUCCUAUGGGAUGCCACCACUUUGAAAUGCCAAAUGCAACGUUCUGUCCUUACUUCUCCUAUUGUUGCAUUUGUGGCUAUUGGGAAUAAAGAUAAUGCAUUACGUCUACACGGUAGCGUGGCUUGCGUCGCCGCGGAUAGUACGAUCGCAUUCAUUGUGCUUGAUGAACUGCAAUUGCUGUACAUCGUACCAGGACGAAAUGCACCGUUAGAGUUGAUGGCAGUCCGCUCCAAUGAGCUGAUGACAAUCUACGCAGAUGGAAGAGCUAGAGUAUGGAACGCGACCAAUUUAGAGUUACGCAGGAGUAUUGGUGUUGAUCAAGCAUUGGUCCUGCUAGAGGACGGAAAAGGAUGGUGGUCACAAUUUCCUAUCGAUGUUGCACAUUUGAAAAGGGAAAGGGGAAAUGUUGGAGUACUAAGCUCUAUUCCUUCAAGUCGUGCUUCUUUCUCAGGCGCAAUGACGGCAGAUGUUCGCAGAGUGGUAGAAGCAGCAAGUAGAAUGGUUGCACCUCUAAAUACAGCAGGCAUCUCCAAUGCCCGAGACCUAAAUCAAGCUCAAGAUUUGCAAGAUUUAGAUGUGCAAAUCGAUCCGAUGUCAUCGUUGGACAGUAGAGCUGCGCCGAAAUCAUCCUUCUCACAAACGCUCACGAUGCCACAAGCAGCAAAAGCUUUGCAUACCUUGAGUCCUCUAUUAUGCAGCAUCUUACCCUUUGGUUUGAGUCAGGAAUUCGAUCAACAGUGUAAGCUAGCCUUGGGUACGGAAAAGGAUAUCGGCAACAAUAUGAGUAUCGCCUACGGCCUUUUUAGCGAACCAGGGUAUUUGAUCAUGUCAUUGCACGGAAUGACAUCAAAGCAGAUGCUCUGCGUCUCUCCUGCCCUGACUGCCACAAGGUUGAUUGGAUCGAUAGCAAUGUUGUUAGUCCUGUCGAAUAUCGAGGAAUUGCACAAACCGGCCUACGAAUUGAUCACAGAGCUUGGAAGUCUUUCGAAUAUCGUGGGAAAAGGCUUUCAGAACCCUACGAUUGAAUUUUUGAUUGGCUUCUUGACAGAUCCUGUCCUUGAGAUCAAACAAGCCGCACAGAUGCUUUUCGUUUCUUCGCUUGAGGGUAUGCCACAGGAGGAUUUGGAUCAAGUCUGUGCUCAAUUCAGUGGAGCUUUACCCAACCGUCGUCGAGCGAAUCUGAUGGCCGCUCCUCCACCGAUGAAAGAUUCGGAAAGAGCAUCGAUUGACGCUAUAGAAGAUGAGAGAGAAGAUCAACAUUCUUCGAAAGCACUGUUGCUAUUGGGCCUGAUUGCUACUCAAAGGUAUACGGUCAUGCCACCCAAUCUUUUGAAGGAUAUUUCGGCUUCGAUCAGCCUUUAUCUUAACGAUGAAUUCGAUCCUGCUCAUCAAUCCAUCGCAAUCGUUCUGUGCGAUCGGGGUUUUUCCAUCUUCCAGCAUUACUUCGACGCAAUGGAGAUCGUUCGAACGAUGUUCAGCUUGAGCACAAUUCUUCCGAAAACUGACAACAACGAGAAUGGAGCAUCCAAAGCAGCUCAGGUAGCUUUGGAGAAUCGAGACCUAGCUCGUCAAGCUACCCUACGCAUAGCAGAAGAGAAUACGCCUUUGUUCAUGACUACUUUGAGUCUUGAUAUCCUUCAUGCUCGUAGUCCGGAGCAUUGUAGUGCCACUAUGCGAUUGGUUGCUUUUAUGGUACGCCGAAAGCCGUUGGUUCUGUAUCCUAAUUUGCCUAGGUUUGCUGAAGCGGUCGUCAAAUCGUUAGAUCCAACAGUAACAACUUUACGACCUGUGAUACACAAAUCUGCAACGAUUAUCAUUUCCGAAUUGAUUUCAGCUUAUCCAACGAUAGCAUUUCACAAAGGACUACAAAGGCUCGCAGUUGGAACAUUUGAAGGUGCGAUCAUCAUGUAUGACCUAAAAACCGCUACAAGGCUGUACGUUCUGGAAGCUCACAGUGCAAGUUUAAACGGGCUGACAUUCUCGAAUGAUGGGCGUAGGCUUGUUAGUAUCUGUCUAAGUGAUGGUAUGGUAAAAAUUUGGAAGACAGGUGUCGGUCUUGGCUCUAUAUUCAACUUUGGUGGUGCACCAAGACAGAUCAGCGCUCUGUUGGGUCGUGCUACCGGAAGUGGGGAGGCAGAGCAAAGCCAGUCGUCCACUCCCAAUCAAAGUGGUGGUAAUACAAACCAACAUUCCCACAAUCAUGUAGGCACGCCGGCAUAUAAAAGCUUUGAUUUCGGAAGAAUGGCUGGAAGUGCAUUAGCAAGUGUUCGUUUAGCGGCCAUUCGAUCUCCCACAUUGUCUGGCUCAAGUACGCAUAGCGGUGGGGCACAAGCAGGAGGGGGAUUGUUAUCACCUCGGGGAUCUGUGAGCAGUCACGCUUCUUUUAUUGAACGCGAAGAAGAAGAAGCUGCAUUCUUGUCGAAUUUGCAGCUGGUCCGAUUUGAGUGGCUGGCUGAACGAUCUAUCAAGAUUCGAAUCGGUGAAGCAAGUUUGGUUUUCGAUGUAGCCUGAUCAAGGAUGUAUGAUCCUCGUACAACGAAUACAAUCACACAAAAUUCAAAGGAAUGAGGAAUGACAAUGAA